AUGGAAUCGCCAAGGUGUGAGCAGAGGAUCACAAAGGUCUCUCUAGCUGAGCUUUUGAGGUGUUUUGAACAUCCUAUAAGUGAGGAGCAAGCCUGGGCCAUCUGCUUUCAGUGUUGCUGUAAAAUGGAGCAGUUGGCUGGGGAGCUGUGCCCACCACUCCAGUCUAUAUUCAUAAAAGGUUGUGGGAGCAUCUUGAUCCAUGCUGAUGGUACUGCUUCCUUCAAGGUCUACCACAAGUCUGAUGUUGGCAGCAUUCAGCAGUCAGAGGACAAGCUGUUGGAAUACUUGGGAGUGGUGAUCUAUGAAGCCCUGGACUGGGGAAUUGACAGCCAACUGGAGCGAGAACUGAGUGGUCCUUUGGAGAAAUUGCUGUGCCUCAUGUUGAAACUGGAUGAUGAGCCAAUUAAACCAGAAGUCACCCUGCAGGAUGUUAUCAAGGCCUGUGAGGAGCACUUGCCCAGGCCUUCUGAGGCUACCAAACAUUAUGAAAUGACCUGUAGGAAUCUGUUUGCUGAAUAUAUGGAACUUCAGAAGCUUGUAACUAUCAUCCAAACCUCCAAAGAGCGACUGAGAAAAAUGGAUGUGGAAGAUUUGGUGGAAAAUCCCCUUCAAAAGAAGAAAAACUGUGGUGCACCCCUGUGGCCCAGUGUCAUCAGUGAACUGCAGGCUGGUGUGAGGCUGCACAAGGCCAGUGAGCGACCUCAGCGUUGUGUGGCUCCAAAAGAACGUGUCCGCUCUCCCUUUGAAUUGCUUUUGGAUGAUAUUCAGCACAAGAGGUACACCCUCCGGAAGGUGAUGGUUGAGCAAAAACACAAGGAUCCCAAAGUUGAUGUAGCUGCUCCCAAGCCUCAUCUAAAGCUGGUGUUGGAGAGGCAGCUGAAAGAGUGUGUGCCAUGUGAGACCAGCUGGCAUGAACAGCCCAUGGCAGAAAUAAAACAACCACAGAAGCUUCAGUCAGCAGCAGCACAGGAAAAAUGGAGCAGGCCCAAAGAAAUGCUUUUGACACCAAGUACAGCCUUGAACUCUCCAAGUGACAGUUUUUUAACUCUCCAAGAUGCCAGUACUGAGUUUAAAGUUGUCAACACUAAAACACAGCAGCUGGGACCAGGAGUUCAGGAAACCACUCCCGAGCUGCCUGACAGUGCCUGUCUUUCUCCCAGCAGGUCAUCACUAGUAUCCUACAACAGCACAGGUUGCACUGCAAAUUCCCUGUGUCCUCCAUGUCCACCCACACCAGGAGAUGUUAAACCCAAGAGUUUCCUGAAUACUGUCCAACAGCAGCUGCCUCCUUACAGAAGAAGGUCCAAAUCUUUAGAGACAGGCCUUCAAAGCAAGGAACUUGACUGUCUCUUUCCUACCAAGUGGCCAUCACCAACCAUCGCUGAGCUGAUUGGAACCAGAUAUUCAGAGAAGGUGCUGGGAGGGCAAGACUUCCUCCAAAGAGGUAGUGAUGGUGUCUUUCUAAGAGCAAAGAUCUGUUUCAGCUGCCGUAAGCAGAUGUUUCUUAAGUGGCCUUACAACUGUUACCUCUGCAGCAGUGUUGUCUGCUGUGACUGCUGCAUCAAGAUGUCAAUGCCCUUCAGAACAUGUGUACAUCUUCCACUUCACUUCCUAAAGUUUUUGAGACUCUCCAGAGAGGACGACCCAGCUACUGAAGAGCAGAAGAGCUCAGAGUUGCUACAUGAAAUAGAGCAUGGGCAGUAUUUUGGUGUACCCAUUAUUUUGGAGCCCCGUUGCCUAGCACGGCCUCUGUGCUGUUACACAAGGGCCAUGGCAGGCUGGCUGACUGCAGACAUCUGUACCUGCUGUGAGCAGUACCUGAUGAAUGUGGCUUCCCGUCAGCAGCAGAGCAUCCCUCCCAGAAGAACUUCCUGGGCUUGAUCCAAACUGCAAUAACUAUACCAUGCAUUUCUCCUGUCACUCGGUCUGUACCUGAAAUAAAUUAAACCGCUUUAUGCAUCUAUUGACAUUAAAGGCCUGAUUAGAAGACCUCCUGGUGGUCAGUCUAAGCAGGAAACACAGUUAGUAUUUCUCUAUUGUGAAGUAUUCUAAAGCUUUGUGAGUUUUGGAACUGUUUUGAUUCUUUUUAU